AUGCUCAACGGCCGCGGCAACACUGAGAGCGCCAUCAGCAGCAAUGACGGAAACCCUAGGGGUUGCAGCGGCGGCGAACCUAGGGGCUAUGGCGGUGGAGGCCGUAGGGAUGGUUACGGCGCUGGCUUUGGCGAGAGAUCAGGUUGUGGAGGUGAUGAUGGAGGCGGAAACUGUAGGGGCCGUGAUGUCGGAGGCCCUAAGGGCUACAACAGCAGCAGCCCUAGGGGUGGCGGUGGCGGCGGCUUCGGCGAGAGAUUGGGAUGCGGCUUCGACGAUGGCGACGCAAACCCUAGGGGCUGCAUCGGCGGCGAACCUAGGGGCUGCGGAGGUGGAGGCCCUAGGGGCAGCGGCUUCGGCAAGAGAUUGGGUUGUGGCGGUGAUGACAGCGGCAGGUUGCGAAGUGCCAGACAGAUGUGCGGUAAGAAACGGCGUCGAGGCAUGUGGUACUGUCGAAUAUCUAGCCAAUUAUUGGAAGAAGGUGAGAAUUUUGUUUUGGAUACACAAGAUGGGUCCGACGAUGACCAGAUUGAGUUCAUCCCUGAUUCUGAUGAUGAAGGCAUCGAGUACUGCUUCUCCUCAGAUCAGGAGUUUGUGCCCGAAACUGAGUUCCAGGAUUGUGGGGAAGUGGAGGAGAAGGGUGGUGGGAUUCAGGAUUGUGGGGAGGUGAACGAGAAGGGUGGUGGGAUUCAGGAUUGUGGGGAGGUGAACGAGAAGGGUGGUGGGAUUCAAGAUUGUGGGGAAGCGAAGGAGAAUGGUGGUGAGAUUCAGGAUUGCGGGGAAGUGGAGAAGGGUGGUGGGAUUUGUGGCGGCAGCAACAUAGUGCACUCAAAUGAUGAAUGCAAACAGCCUGCCCAGAUGUGGUGCGGGUAG